UCCGGAGGAGGUUCUGUGUGUAUCUCGUGUCCGUCUCCUCUAAAGUUCCCCCGGUGUCCUUGGAUUGCACCGCAAUGGGCUGGUUUCCGGACGAGGCUCGGUCGUUGCCGCCGCCGGGGCUGGUGAACAGGAACUCGGUGUGGCUCGGCUUUGUGGGGUACCUGACUGCCAUUUCCCACAACGCGGUCAGCCACUUUCCAGCUCUGCGGGCGGGUGUGCAUCGUCAGCUGCUGUUUACCAGUAUUGGCUUUUUCCUUGGAUACCAUGGUACCAAAUACGAAAAUUACAAGAAUGCAAAAUUAGAUCGGGAUCUGUUUGAAUACAUGAGACAACACCCAGAGGAUUUCCAGAAACCAGAAAAGAAAACUUUUGCUGAAGUAUUGGAAGAGUUCCACCCAGUCCGUUAGAUAUUUUGGCACAAUGUUCCAGCUCUUCUGUCUGUGAUGGACUAUAAUUAUGAUUUGAAAACAUUACGUUUUCCUGUGUUAUGACUAAUAUUAAAAAAAAAUUAAAAUGUG